AUGACUCUUGCCACAGGUGAAUUACUUCAAUGUACCUGUCCUGGUAACGGCGCUACCUUGGGAGAAGUCCGUCUAUUUACCAAAUCGGAUGUCGACCGCAGCAUUGAAGCAGCGGCAAAAGCUCAAGUUGAGUGGAAAAAAACGUCUUUCAUUGAACGCAAAGAAUUUCUCGAGACAUUGAAAGCGGAAAUCUUGAAAAAUCAAGAUAAGUAUGCCGAAAUUGCUUGUAAAGAUACCGGAAAGACAUUGGUUGAUGCCGCCUUUGGCGAAAUAUUAGUUACUUUGCAAAAAAUCGACUGGACUCUAGAGCACGGUGAAGACUCGCUUCAAACAACCCGCCGGCCUGAGUCUCUGUUAACCUCAUACAAGCGCGGCUAUGUGUUGUACGAGCCGUUGGGCGUUGUCGCCGCUCUGGUUAGUUGGAACUACCCUUUACACAACGCUUUGGGCCCCAUCAUUUCGGCUCUUUUCGCCGGUAACUCAAUCAUCGUGAAGGGCAGUGAGCUCACUGCUUGGUCCACCAUUCAAUUUUGCAACAAGGUUUGUGACAUCCUCGAGUCGUUGGGACAUUCACGCGAGCUGGUUCAGUGUAUUACCUGCUUGCCCGAUGUUGCAGAACAUUUGACCGGACAUCCUGGCUUAAAACAUAUCACCUUUAUUGGUUCUCAAUCUGUAGCAAAACUGGUUGCUGCUUCCGCUGCUCGUCAGCUUACACCGCUAUGCCUUGAGCUUGGCGGAAAGGACCCUGUAAUUUUGCUCGAUGACUCCCGUUUGCAGGAAGUCAUGUCGGUGGUCAUGCGCGGUAUUUUCCAAAGUGCAGGCCAAAAUUGUAUUGGUAUUGAGCGUGUAAUCGCGUUGGCACCCAUCUACGACACGGUCAUAACUCUGCUAUAUGACCGUAUUUGUAACUUCCGUCUUGGUAUGUACACGCAACGUGAUGUGGAUAUGGGUGCUAUGGUGUCUGACAACCGCUUCGAUACGCUUGAAGCGCUUAUUCAGGACGCUGUUCAACACGGUGCCCGUCUUGUGCACGGUGGACACCGCUACAAACACCCCAAAUACCCCAAAGGAUCAUAUUUUAUGCCCACCCUGUUGGUGGAUGUUACGAAUGAGAUGAAAAUUGCACGUGAAGAAUGCUUUGCACCCAUUGCCCUUGUUUUUCGUGCUGAUGAUGUUGACCACGCUCUCUCUAUCGCCAACGGAACGGAUUUCGGCUUGGGUGCUUCAGUCUUCGGCAAGGACAAGGCUGUCUGCGACUACAUUGUCGAACGCAUUGAAUCUGGCAUGGUUUCAGUGAACGAUUUUGGUGCCACAUACUUGAUGCAGCUUCCAUUUGGCGGCUGUAAGAAGAGUGGUUAUGGUCGCUUUGCUGGAAGGGAAGGUUUACAAGGUAUUUGUAACACCAAAGCUGUUGUCUACGACAAGUUUUCCUUCAUUCACACGACCAUUCCUCGGCCCGUGGAUUACCCUAUUCCUGACUCCCAAAAGGCCUGGGGCUUUGUAAAGGGUUUGAUUGGUGUCAUGUAUGGUAAUUUCUUGGGACUUGCAGGCAACCUUUACCGCAUGUUGCGUAACAAGUAA